AUGCCAUUCUCUGCCAUUCUCUUCAUCAUCUUCCUCUCCAUCUUUGAUAUUUCACUUUGUGGGGAUCGAGAUAAACCUGCUCUAAUAACUUACCCAGAUGUGGCUCUCAAUUAUGUGUCUUGUUUUCAGGGUCUGUUGUUUUGUCCAGAAGCAGCUUCUUUGAUGCUUCGUAACUUCUGUAUUUAUCACAUUGAUGCUCCAGGGCAUGAGUUGGGAGCUGAUGUGAUUUCUUCGGAUGAACCAUUGCUUUGUGUGGAUGACCUAGCUGAUCAGGUUGCAGAAGUGCUUGAUUUUUUCGGGCUAAGAGAGGUUAUGUGCAUGGGUGUAACAGCUGGUGCUUACAUCCUCACACUAUUUGCUAUGAAAUACAAAGAACGAGUGCUUAGAUUGAUUCUUGUUUCACCGAUUUGUAAAGGACCUUCAUGGACUGAAUGGAUUUACAACAAGGUCUUGAUGAACUUAUUGUACUUCUAUGGUAUGUGCGGUUUACUGAAGGAAUGCCUCCUGCAACGUUACUUCAGUAAGGAGCUUAGAUGCAGUAUUGAGGGAUCAGAAUCAGAAGUAAUACUAACUUGCCGAAGAGUACAUUCUCUUUUCUGUUUUGUAUGCGUAAAAUUUAUAAUGCUGAAUAUAUUUGUUGCAGGAACAGACACAAGCACGUACACACUAGAAUGGGCAAUGGCAGAGUUAAUGCAUAAUCCAGAAAUCAUGUCAAAAGUACAAAAUGAACUCGAACAAGUUGUUGGCAAAGGUAUUCCAGUCGAAGAAACAGACAUAGCCAAAUUACCAUACAUGCAAGCAGUUAUAAAAGAGACGUUUCGUGUACAUCCACCAGUUCCGUUAUUACUACCUCGCAAAGCAGAAACAGAUGUUGAAAUUGGUGACUACAUUAUUCCAAAAGAUGCACAAGUUUUGGUUAAUGCUUGGGUUAUUGGCAGAGAUCCAAGUAAAUGGGAGAAUCCUAAUGCUUUUGUGCCGGAGAGAUUUUUCAAUAGUGAGAUUGAUUUUAAAGGACAUCAUUUUGAGCUUAUUCCAUUUGGGUCUGGUAGAAGAAUUUGUCCUGGUUUGCCUUUGGCUAUUAGAAUGUUGCCUUUGAUGUUGGGAUCUUUGGUUAAUUGCUUUGAUUGGAGACUUGAAGAUGGAUUGAAUGUCGAUGAUUUGAAUAAGGAAGAUGAGUAUGGGAUUACCUUGGAAAAAUCUCAACCUGUGAGAAUUGUUCCAAUCAAAUUGACUAAGCAAUAA